AUGUUCGACUGUCCACCAGCGUUUGCCGUACCUCUGGACAAGCUAGACCCGUGGGGUGAGUGUAUUGAUAAAGACAGCGAUGGAAUCUCUUUGGCAAAACAAUCUUUAGCGCAAGUCUGGCAGGCGUUAGGUAGUAUGAUCCUUCAUGCGGGAGAUCUGUCUGAGGAUCGCGUGGCUCAUCAGUCGAUCAUGUCACAAGUAUUGGACAUUCUUGCUCAAAUGCACCAUGUUGAUGCUUUACCCUCCACUAUCUACAACUAUGUCCCCGCAAAAGAUCCUUCCGUCAUCCAAAGACCGCCUACAAUACAUCUACUGUCAUCGAGAAUCAUGACUUUGCUUUCAGACGUUGCGUGGAAAAGGCAUUGGAAGUCUGAGAUGGCGAAAGCACAAGAGUACGGAUAUGAACUACCCUCGCCUAGAGUCCAACCUCAGCUUUCGCAGGUUGAAAGUGGUGUCUGGCUUGACCUUGUGCUCUGGGCUUGUGUUGAAAGUGAUUUAGUCCUGGAGGCUGCUUGGAUUGUUUCGCAGAUGCAGAGAAGGUCUCAAGACUGGGCAAAGAGGUGGUCCGUUAUCAGCUGGGAAGAAGUAUGUAGGACAAAGGCUCCAAAGCUUGCGUGGACCGCAAUUCUAAAGUUGCAGCUUGACAAGGCCCGCCUAAAUCAGUCAACGGGCAUCGGCAUCGCAAACGGUGGUGUCUCAAGUGUAACAAUGGGAGAACGUACCAUCAGUCGCGAAGUCAUCGAGGCAAUUAUAGACGGCACCGUAAACAGCACUUGCAAUACCGAAGCAUCAUCCAGCUACCCCUUCAACCAGGCUGUGCGUAUGACCCAAGUUUGCAAGGACUUGCUGGAAGCAAAUGAUGCGGGCUUGGAUGCUCGAGCGUGCAACGCUUUAGUGUUACGAGUCAUCGAAUCUGGAUCUUGCAGAAGGCCCCCUGACAUGUCAGCUUUAUCACAAGGAAACGACCCAGAAGAUCAUUCGGCUAGCAUCUUAGGAUUGCUCUACUCAGUACUCUAUACUGACUCAAAGACCGGAGAAUCGCAAAGACUAAUGAGCACUCUUGACAACAUUACGAACUUGAUUGAUGGCAAUAAAAGAACUUAUAUUCGGGAAUUUGCAAGUGAAUUGAGAGAAAGACUUCUGCGUGGCCCCAAGAGAUUGUCGCAAUCUUCCCAACCAUUACUCUAUCCCGAAACUCCAGAUUACAUUGUAGCUCAACUUCUAGAUUCUACAACGGCAAACAAAUCGAAAAGUCUUGGAGAGCGGCUUUUUGAUAACAAUGAUAUUGACGGAGGCUUUUUACGUUCUCACGUUUACAAGUCUCCCAAUCUUCAGCCUGCUCUAUUGCGCUAUGCGACUGAGAAUGCAGACCAUACAAUAGUCACGAGAGUCCUGGAGCAACUGCAGCCGCCUUUGUCGGAGGACAUGCUACAUUCGCUACUUCGCAGCCAGGUCCUCAUGAACGAAUGGAAUGCCACCCAAGAGAUUCUUGAUCACUUGAAGUCGUCCGAGGGCACCAGCUGGAACGCUUCGGAUGCAACCUCUUUGGCAGCAGCUGUCCUUCGACUCUCGGGUUUGAAGCAGCGCAAAGUCGUCGAGGGAAGCAAAGCUGAGGAGAUUCUCUCUGGCAUCUUCGCUGGUCGCUAUGACAAUGCAUCUGACCCGUCUCGGCCAAGGGACUUCCAAAGAAUUCAGCUAGCAAACCAGAUCAAGCGAAUGUUGCGCACAAUACCCGGUAAUUGCUUCCACUGUUUGAACUAUAACAAGGAUCGGGAAACCGGUCGUCUAUCAGCGAAAGCGGAAGUAUCACCUCAAGCCUUUGGUAUACUAUUGGAAGCAGUGGUAGAGCGGUUCGGCUCUGCGGCUGGCAUGACGCUUUGGAAGCAAUGGUGUCGUGUGCCGUCGAGCAGACGUUAUGUUCAUUCCGGCCAGUAUUUGGUCGUAUCUGGUGUCGUCAAGCCUGAGCUUAGGUUGCUACGGAUGAUAAUGAGACCAAUUAUUCAAAAGCUUCCCCUCUUUAUGGACUCUAGUGAUCAGAAAUCUGGGACAGAUGAGACUCAAGCUACAAACGAAAAUUCUGCUUCUGCUACAAUUGUUCUGACUCCGAUCGAACGUUCCGUAGUGAGGUGGACGGUAUCAGUAUAUCAAAAGUUUGGAUUGAACGCAGAGGACAUUGGUCGAGAAUUUCCCAGGGUUUCUAAGCCUGAUCUGGGUCUCGCCUCAAUUGUAUAG